AUGGAACAAAGUCGCCAUCAAGAUGAAUUUGAGGCCAGUGAAUGGGUGCUCUUCACUCAAGUUAAUAAGCAGGUCUUUAGUCGCGACUUCCUAAACUCCGACGAUAGUAUUCUUCACCGUUACUGGAAUUCUUACGACUCUUCUCAACACCUUCUGCUUGUCAAAAUGACAGUCUCACGCGCUCAUAAAACUGCGACACGAGUGUUCGAAAAACAUUUAUUUUUCUCUCUUAUACCAAUGGGCCUCGACGGCUGCCUUCGAACCUUUGGGUCUGCCACUUGCGAAGCAGAGAAUGGCUCUGCUAAACAGCCGGACUGCCAAUUUUUACCAAGGAGACUUCCCCGCGGCCGAACAACCAAAUGGCCGUCUCUCGUGGUAGAAAGUGGGUUUUCGGAGACACCUUCGAAGUUGAUGUCUGAUGCUCGGUUUUGGCUUUUCGAAUCCAACGGCGAUGUGCAAAUGGUCAUCACAAUCAAGAUCGGUCGCAGUGCGCCAACCAUUGUGCUGGAGUCAUGGGAGCAGGUGGACAAUAGGGUCAAACGUCAGCAAGUCGUUACGAUCAACAAAGGCGAGAACAAUUUUGUCUACGUCGAUGGCCAACCACUGGUCAUCAGGUUUGACCAGCUCUUUCUUCGCCCGCCGACCAUCCCGAGAGAAACUGACAUCAGCAUCGAAAACACGAUUUUGAUCAAAAUUUCCAGGGACAUCUGGGAAGAGCAAGGCCUUUGA